GCCCUCCAGACACUUUUUACGAGGGCGGCAUUUUCGGGGCUUCUCUGCGUUUCCCCCAGGACUUCCCCAACAGCCCCCCGGAGAUGAUUUUCGAGCAGGACAUGUGGCACCCGAAUGUGUUCCCGGACGGAAGGGUUUGCAUAAGCAUUUUGCAUCCUCCCGGGGCAGAUGUUUUCAACGAACAAGAAACAGCAGAAGAAAGAUGGAGACCCAUUUUGGGAGUCGAAGCAAUUCUCGUUUCCGUCAUUUCCAUGCUCGGGGAGCCCAACAUCGAGUCCCCUGCCAACGUCGACGCUGCCAACAUGUACAAGAACAACAUUCAAGAGUACAAAAAGCGGGUCAGGGCAAUCGCCAGGAAAAGCGUAGAGGGUUAA